AUGGGUUGCAAAGUAGUCGAGGGUAUCAUGAGUGUCAGUGGAGACUCGCCAACAACCUGUACACCAGCUAAACACCGACUGAGAAUGGUGGAAACGGCUGUAAGAAAGAAUUUUUGGAUACGCGCUGGCGAUUUCGAGUGCACUCAACGGACUCCAGUGCGGCAGAUAAACGUCUUGAAGCACUAUCAAAAGAAACUUUCACAAAAACAUGACGAACCGAUUCGAGUGCUGUACGUUUGUGGAAGUGAAGUACUCGACGAUCUUGUCUCUAUUCAGUCAAAUAAACCUCCUCUUUGGACUCACAAUGAGAAAAAUAUAUACAUAAUUGAAGACGAGACAUUCCCAAAUGAUCUCCGCUGUUCUCGGAUUAGGACUGCGCUACGGCGUGGCGAAUCCGUCAAGUACUGCUUGGACGAUGACGUCAUAGAAUAUAUAAAUGAGCAUAAUCUGUACAGAACGACGCCAGAGUCUGAUUACGAGCAGUGCGUGUCUGGCAUGUCUACUGCAUCGGCACCCAAUUUAAGCACAAGUACUCUGGGCAGGAUUGGGUACGGACUGCUUCAUUACCUAGCCUUUGUCAAAUACUUUUGCUUUUCAAGGAGGAGCAAGGAUGACGAAAAAGUACCACCGCCACCACCUCAACGAGGUAGUUCAGAGAAGCUCAGUGAAAAGUACAAGAACAAUAUGAUACCUUCAGCGGAAUGGCGGACGCCACCAACUUCUCAGCCGUCUUCGUCGGAUAGUUGCAGCAGCAGCCGAGAGGCUUCUGAGCCUCGUCAACUGCCGCCGAAAACUUGCCAUUCCGCUCGUGAACCGUCAACUAGUGAGCGGUACUCUGUGAAAUGGUCUGACGCUUUGGAAGCUCUCCAAAAACCACCCAAGCAACAGCCGAAUGGGCCGGACUACGCCUCAAUCAAGAAAUCUUCCGGCCAGGACCAGAAAUCCUCCUGCCAACACCAGAAAUCUUCUGUCCAGGACCAGAACCCAAACGAAGUGACUGUGGUCGUACCUGCAAAGGAGGCUGUAAAGGCCACCUUCUCCUUGCAACCGAUGCCAUCCGAAACGACCAACGCUUUAGAUGGUAUCCCAGAGGAAUUACCCAAGGCCGCGUUUAUGAAGCCAAUUCUCAGUCAGCAGCAACUGCUUACCCUGAUAGCAAACGAGCCUGAACCAGCUGCUGAUUCGCCCGUAUUCAGUGGAAAUACCACCGAUUGUGAGGCGAUUCCAAACUGUGUGAUCUCGUCCGUGACGUCAGAGACGUGCCGUGGAAACUUGCGAACGUUUGCCGAUAGUCCUUCCUAUGACAAUGUGACGCUGGACGAUCUGCUGGCUGCCAGUACCUCAUGGGCUGAGUACCUGCACAAGGAAAGCGAGCGGAUAGAA